UGUCGAUUCGGUGGAGGUCCUCGCUCGCAGCUCUAUUCGACCGGCACUUAGGAGCAAGACGCUCGUUUUGGAGACGUUGACGGCGGAGGGCGGAGCUCUGCACGAGGUUCGAGACGAGGUGGGCGUGUUCACGGACGCUGAGAUGUCGUCGUGGGAGCUUCUUUCGAGUCGGUGGCCGAUGGGGACCUACGCCCUCGUGGACGUGUACAGCUCGGCCGUGGGGCGCGCGAUGCAGUACGAGCGCAGAGGAGAACGGUGUCGCUUCUACCUGGGGAAGGAGCCCGUCAAGGUCGACCUCGACGUGUUCGUCUUCGCCAAGAACAGCCCCAUUCUUUUCCAGAUCGAUGACACAAUCCGUUGGCUCAAGUACUUCGGCGUGAUUCAGCACAUCAAGAAAAACUACUAUUCUGUUCCUUGCGAAGUCGAAGUCACAAGCAACGCACCGGAACCCAUGAGUCUCCUUCAGGGUUUGAGAUGUUCCCAGGGCGCCUUCUACGUCCUCGGUGCCGGCCUGGCGUUGGCUACGGCUUCCUUCCUGCUUGAGGUUGCCUGGAGAGCCUUCGUCAGGAGGGAGGACGACCAGGUGGCGUGGAGAACCUUCGGCAGGAAUGAGGGCUACCCUGGCCCUUAA